AUGCUGAGGCAGCAGACGAACCAGCAAGCACCAUCGCUGUCUGAGCAUUCCGGCGGUCCGCCCCCUCACCGGCUGGGAUCCGGCACAAAGUGGAAUUGUGUGAAAGGCCGCAGCCUGUGGAGCACACGGCGCCUUUCUGGGCGGGCGGAGGACGGCGCGACCCGGCCCGUCGCUCUGCGGAAUCCUAUUAGUGGUUCGUCCGACUGCCGCGAGGGCGCGCGAGGAGAUUUGGUCCGCGGCGGGUUCCAGCCGCGCCUUCCGACUUCGCUGCCGCUCCCAGGGCAGCAGCAGCAGCAGCCGUCGCCGCUACCACGCCGACAGCCCGUCCCGUUGAUGCCUCCCGCGCAGCUUCAUACGGGAGCGCCCCGGGUGGUCGCUCCGGCGCCUGCGGUCCCUCUUCAGUCGCCACCGCCUUCGGAGCAGAUGGACGUCGACCCCUCAGCCGGGCCGCCUUCCCAAGCGGUGGCUGUGCAGCCUGUACUGCAGCCGCUUUCCUUGGGCACCCCCAAGGAGUCUGACACCGCAGCGCCUUGUCCGGCGCCCACUCAGCAGCCGUCGACGCAGCGUCAGGAGACGCUGCCUCUCUUCGUGGGUCCCGACGCCCCGUCGCGUCCAGUACCAGAAGCUGCGCCCGUGGUCACAGGCGUGCACCCUGACCUCGGUUUUCAGUCGGUGUUUCCCGAGGCCCCGCGCAGCCAAUGCUGGGCCAGCCUGGAGCCUCCACAGCUCUCCAGCAGCCUCUCUAGGCACGCCGCGGUGCUGGAGCGCCCGAGGACAGCAGGGGAGGGUCCUACACAGGCUAGCGACGCCAGUGGCUGUGCGCCCUGCGCGAAGGGCUCCGAAGGGCUCGCAGCUCGUGUGUGCAGAGGGCUGCGUAGAUGCGUAGUUAGCGCGCUGGGCGCCCUGGUCGACCGGUGA